AACAAGACCCUGCAGAUGGAAAAGAUCAAGACCCGUUUGAAGGCUGAGUUUGAGGCCCUUGAAUCAGAGGAGAGACACCUGAAGGAAUACAAGCAGGAGAUGGACCUCCUGCUACAGGAGAAGAUGGCCCACGUGGAGGAACUCCAACUGAUCCACGCUGAUAUCAAUGUGAUGGAAAACACCAUCAAACAGUCUGAGAAUGACCUAAACAAGCUGCUAGAGUCAACCCGGUGGCUACAUGAUGAGUAUAAGCCACUGAAGGAACAUGUGGAUGCCCUGCGCAUGACUCUGGGCCUGCAGAGGCUCCCUGACCUAUGUGAAGAGGAGGAGAAGCUCUCCUUGGAUUACUUUGAGAAGCAGAAAGCAGAGUGGCAGACGGAGCCGCAGGAGCCCCCGAUCCCUGAAUCCUUGGCCGCCGCAGCCGCUGCCGCCCAACAACUCCAAGUGGCUAGGAAGCAGGACACUCGGCAGACAGCCACCUUCAGGCAGCAGCCCCCACCUAUGAAGGCCUGCUUGUCAUGUCACCAACAAAUUCACCGGAAUGCACCUAUAUGCCCUCUGUGCAAAGCCAAGAGUCGGUCCAGGAACCCCAAAAAGCCAAAACGGAAGCAGGAUGAAUGAAAAGAAGGAGAACACUUAGAGCUCUGCUGCUCAUAACCCCUCCCCUUGGCCAGAGUGAUUGAUGUCUCCAUGUGAAACCACCCUUCCCCACCUCUACAAAGUCUCCUAUUUAAUGUGAUGGAAGCACAACCCCUCUCUCACUUUUCUCUUAUUUCUGU